CGCGGUGCGUCAGAUUUGUCAUUCCUAGAUUAAAGACGGUGGAUGAAAUCUUAGCUUGAACUUUUAAAUUAACAAGUUCUGUUAAAAAGAUUGUGUUUUAGAGAAACUUGUGAGACAAGAAUCACACAAGGUGUGAGGUCAGAUCAGUAAUAUCCUGACGAAUUACAGACAACUUAUUGUAAAUCACAAAGAUGUGUUUAUGUGAUCUGUGUCGUCGACUUGGGGAUGUGAUGAAUAGACUGUUUGCAAGAAGGCCAGAAAACUAUGAUCUCUUUCCAGAAGAAGACGUAAAUAUACCCCAACCAGACGUAGCUGGAGUAAACAUAGCCCAAACAGAAGUGACUGUAGUAAACAUACCCCAACCAGACGUAGCUGGAGUAAACAUACCCCAACCAGAUGUGACUGGAGUAAACAUACCCCAACCAGACGUAGCUGGAGUAAACAUACCGCAAGCAGAGACAGAUGAAGUAAACAUACCUCAACCAGACAUGGCUGAAGUGAACAUAUCUCAACCAGAUAUGGCUGCAGGAGAUAAGGAAAAUGUUGUACCUUCUAAACCAGAUGAAAAAAGUUACCAAGACCUGCUAUCAAAGACACAACAACAACAGCAUGAAAUCAGGAAGCUAAAAGAUCAAUGUUCAAUGUUACAAAAAGAAAAAGAUAUCAAAGUCCAAAAGAUGAAAGACCAAUUAUCGAGGAUACAAAAAGAAAAAGACUGUGAAAUCAAUGAACUUAAAGACCAGAUCAAAGAGCUCAACCAAAUAGUCAAAAAAAUGCAGGAACUACCACUGAAAGAGACUGAAAGUGUUUUUUCUGAACAAAAUGUCGAAGAAUAUCAAAAGCUUCAACUACAAAUACAACAGCUGCAAAGAGAAAAAGAUUGUGAUGUCCAUAAGUUAAACCAUCUUCUGGAACGACAUCAUGACUCACAACUAAUUGAUGAAAUCAGGUCUUUACAACAUCACAUUAAUGAUCUUGAUGAAAGAAUAAAGACAUUGGAGGAAAAAAGUAAACCAGGGAUACUGUUACCAACACGUGACUUGAUGUCAAUAAACAGACAAGAUAAACGGCGUGGGCCAUUACAGCGCUCUGACUACAUGAAGAUACAGGGAAACUUUACAUACCUUGUUGAUAAUAUCACAGACCCCAGGGAAUUGUGUCAAACCCUGGUGGAACAUGGGAUAUUUGACAUUCAUGACAUGGACAAAGUUGGAAAAUGUCUACGUGACGGAACCCCCCGUGACGCAGCAGACCAGCUUCUCUGUAUCUUAUUGUGUAGUGGUCAGAACGCUUAUCAACGAUUUCUAGAAUGUCUUGAUAAGCUUGGUUACGAUAAAGUUAGAGAACAACUGGAACCAGUCUGUGAUGGUGGACCUAAUAAUCCAAACUACGAGGAGAUCAACAUGUUACAAGAAGAAAGAUCUAUCAGCGUACAAGAAAAACGGUAUGGAUGUAUGCCAGAUUAUCAGUACAGUAAGAUCAAGAAUCAAUUUAUGCAUUUGAUUAAUGAUAUCAGAGACCCUUUAAGAUUGUGUCAGACCUUGUUUGAAUCUGGUGUGUUUGACAUGGAUGAUAAGGAAAAGGUACAGAAGAGUUUUCGAGACGGAAUUACCCGCGAUGCUACAGACAAGCUUCUUCAUAUCUUACUGUACUGUGGUCAGAACUCCUAUCCGCGGUUUAUAGAAUGUCUUGAGAAAACUGGCUAUGAUCCACUUAUACAAAAGAUGGAAGAGAGUUGUGAUGGAGAACCAAAUACCCAACACCUUGAGGAAAUCAGAUGCACAGAAACAACCAGAGAAAAGCAUCUGGUUGGGAGGAAGAAGCUACUAGUCGACAAAAACAACUCUAUCGCCAGGGAGUUGUCUGAGCUAAAAGACAAAAUGGAAAAGGAAAGACAGAGCGAAGAUGCUGAGAAGAUGAAAGAAAUCAAUGAAUAUCGAUCAAGAGAAAAUCAGCUUCUAGCAAACCAACAACAGAUCCUGAAAGAAAUAAAGAAACUUGAAAAGGAAAUACAAGAUUUAAAGGAAGGAACCAGUGUUGCAGAUGACAGAUUAACCAGGGUAGAGAGGGAUGUAGAAAGUCUUCUCGCUUUAUUUAAAAAAUACAAUGGUGUUGGUAUAUUUACAGAUCCACAACAAGCAACUACCACCAGUUUUACUGAUACACAACAGACAACUACCACCAGUUUUACUGAUCCACAACAGACAACUACCAUCAAUUUAAGUGACAAAACUGACGAUGGUGUCUCAUCUGGAAGUAAACCAGGAUCCAUAUAUUCAACAUUACACUCUGCAUGUCAAUACGGUAAUAUAAAUGAUGUAAAAUAUCUAAUUGAUACUGGGCAUGAUGUGAAUCAGCUGGAUAAUAACAACAAGUCUCCCAUAUUGUACUGUAGUGUAUCACACAUAGAACCUGUAGCUAAACUAAAACUGAUUCUUACUAAGGGGGGUAAUAUAGAUGAUAGAGAUAGUGUUAAUGACAAUAUGUUACACCGCGCAUGUUUAUAUGGUAUACUCGAAGCAGUAGAAUUUAUAUUACAACAAGGUGUAGAUAUACACAGUAGAGGACAGUAUAACAAGUCACCUAUAUUGUGUUGUAGUGAAUCACAAAUAGAACCUGUAGCUAAAAUAAAACUGAUUCUUACUAAGGGGGGUAAUAUAGAUGAUAGAACUAGUGUAAAUAACAAUAUGUUACACCGCGCAUGUUUAUGUGGUAUACUAGAAGCAGUAGAAUUUAUAUUAGAACAAGAUAUUGAUAUACACAGUAGAGGACAGUAUAACAAGUCACCUAUAUUGUGUUGUAGUGAAUCACAAAUAGAACCUGUAGCUAAAAUAAAACUGAUUCUUACUAAGGGGGGUAAUAUAGAUGAUAGAACUAGUGUAAAUAACAAUAUGUUACACCGCGCAUGUUUAUGUGGUAUACUCGAAGCAGUAGAAUUUAUAUUAGAACAAGGUGUAGAUAUACACAGUAGAGGACAGUAUAACAUGUCACCUAUAUUGUUUUGCAGUGAAUCUAAAAUAGAACCUGUAGCUAAAAUAAAACUAAUUCUUACUAAGGGGGGUAAUAUAGAUGAUAGAGAUAGUUAUAAUGACAAUAUAUUACACCGGGCAUGUUUAUAUGGUAUACUCGAAGCAGUAGAAUUUAUAUUACAACAAGAUAUUGAUAUACACAGUAGAGGAUAUAAUAACAAGUCACCUAUAUUGUAUUGCAGUGAAUCUAAAAUAGAACCUGUAGCUAAACUAAAACUAAUUCUUACUAAGGGGGGUAAUAUAGAUGAUAGAACUACUAGUAACCACAAUAUGUUACACCUUGCAUGUUUAUAUGGUAUACUCGAAGCAGUAGAAUUUAUAUUAGAACAAGGUGUAGAUAUACACAGUAGAGGACAGUAUAACAUAUCACCUAUAUUGUGUUGCAGUGUAUCUGAAAUAGAACCUGUAGCUAAACUAAAACUAAUUCUUACUAAGGGGGGUAAUAUAGAUGAUAGAGAUAGUGUAAAUAACAAUAUGUUACACCGCGCAUGUUUAUAUGGUAUACUAGAAGCAGUAGAAUUUAUAUUAGAACAAGGUGUAGAUAUACACAGUAGAGGAGAGUAUAACAUAUCACCUAUAUUGUGUUGCAGUGAAUCUAAAAUAGAACCUGUAGCUAAACUAAAACUAAUUCUUACUAAGGGGGGUAAUAUAGAUGAUAGAACUAGUGUAAAUAAGAAUAUGUUACACCGCGCAUGUUCACAUGGUACACUAGAAGCAGUAGAAUUUAUAUUACAACAAGGUGUAGAUAUACACAGUAGAGGACAGUAUAACAUGUCACCUAUAUUGUGUUGCAGUGAAUCACAAAUAGAACCUGUAGCUAAAAUUAAACUGAUUCUUACUAAGGGGGGUAAUAUAGAUGAUAGAGAUAGUGUUAAUGACAAUAUGUUACACCGGGCAUGUUUAUUUGGUAUACUAGAAGCAGUAGAAUUUAUAUUAGAACAAGGUAUAAAUAUACACAGUAGAGGACAUAAUAACAUGUCACCUAUAUUGUGUUGUAGUUCAUCUAAAAUAGAACCUGUAGCUAAACUAAAACUGAUUCUUACUAAGGGGGGUAAUAUAGAUGAUAGAAAUAGUGUUAAUGACAAUAUAUUACACCGGGCAUGUUUAUAUGGUAAACUAGAAGCAGUAGAAUUUAUAUUAGAACAAGAUAUAAAUAUACACUGUAGAGGAGAGUAUAACAUGUCACCUAUAUUGUGUUGUAGUUCAUCUAAUAUAGAACCUGUAGCUAAACUAAAACUUAUUCUUACUAAGGGGGGUAAAAUAGAUGAUAGAGAUAGUUAUAAUAAUAAUAUUUUACACAGGGCAUGUUUAGAUGGUAAACUUGAGACUGUUGAAUAUCUUCUAGGAAUAGGUAUUGAUAUCAACAGUAAAAAUAAAAACAAUCAAACACCUUUAGAUUAUUGUAGGCUUCCAUCUGUUCAAUCAGAAGAAAAGGUCAAAUUAUUACAAGCAAAAAUAAAAAUAUGAAUUAGAUACAUGUACUGUCAUCUUUAUUUGACGUUGGUUUUCUAUGUCAGGUUUCUUGGAUUGUUAUAUUGUAUUACCCAUCUCUAUCAUCUUGUAUUACCCCCUCUAUCAUCUUGUAUUACCCUCCUCUAUCAUUUUGUAUUACACCCUCUAUCACCUCUAUCAUCUUGUAUUACCCUCCUCUAUCAUCUUGUAUUACGCCCUCUAUCAUUAUUUGCAGUUGUCUGUGCCAAGUACUCAUUAGUCAGUAUGUUUUACUAUCAUUUUGUUAUUAUACCCUCAAAUUUUAUUGUCGUUUUGUUUUGGGCAUACCCUACUGUCUUACUUAACUCAAAUUAAGUUUCGUUGAAUAUACGACAACAAGAUGUUAUCAUGAUAAAUAUUGUAAUACAUCUUUAAUGAUACCUGUAUAUUCUAGUCUAUACUAGAUAUGAUAAAUAUUGUAAUACAGCUUUAAUAUUACCUGCAGGUAUAUUCUAGUCUAUACUAGACAUGAUAAAUAUUGUAAUAUAGCUAUAAUGAUACCUGUCUAUUCUAGUCUAUUACCAAAAAGUUAUAUGUUUUAUAUGGUCAGUAAAAUAAUGUUUUAGUCCCGUAAUGUGUUAACUUCAUUAUAUUACUAGAUAAUCCAAUCUUAUCAUGUUAUUGUUCUAGUUUGCUUAACUUUUAUAUUUUACAUCAACAUUUUGGAAACAUAUUCAUACCAUUGUGUGAUCUUAAUUUCCGGUAUAUAUCACUAGAUAAUCUAGUCUUAUGACGUUAAUUGUUCUAGUCUACUUAACUUUUAUAUUUCAUAUCAAUACUAUGUUCACAAUGCAUACAAAUGUGUGAUGUUAAUUAUAUCACUUGGUUAUCUAUUGUUCUAGUCUAUAUAUUAUGUAUAAACAAUAUGUUAACAUAUCACUUGGUAAUCUGGUCUUAUGAUGUUAUUGUUCUAGUCUAUAUAUUAUGUAUAAACAAUAUGUUAACAUUUCACUUCUUAAUCUGGUCUUAUGAUGUUAUUGUUCUAGUCUAUAUAUUUUGUAUAAACAAUAUCUUAUAUCACAUUCCAUAAAAAUAAAUUUGUUAUCAAGAAU